GAAGCCGGAAAUCCGAAAUAAGCCUGUUGGUGGCUGGCAGAUCGGGCAGCAUUUGUCGGGAAGGGAGAUAACGUUUUGGGCUUGAUCAGCUAGCUCCGGCAGCUGCGCUGGCUGUUCGGCGAGUUAAAGUGUGCCCGGCUCUCACGGGGGAUGACAUAGCAGAUCGCUACAGCGCAGUGUGGGAUUGAGCGGGGCCCUGGCCCGGGCCGGUGUGAAUUAUGCCACUCUUUAGGAACUUGACCAAGAUAGCCAAACGGGCACUACUGAGCAAUGGUUGCAGUUGCCAGAUUUCUGCUGUGACUGUCAGGCCAAUGAGCUGGAGUCCCAGACAAGUAAAUGCAGAUGCUAGCUUUCACUCCGUGUCUUUUGCUGAAUCAGAUCACCCUCGUAUUCUUAUCACUGGUGGGUUAGGCCAGCUUGGCGUGGGGCUUGCUAAAUUGCUCAGGAAACACUUUGGUAAAAACAAUAUAAUACUAUCUGACAUCAGAAAACCACCAGAUAAUGUGUUUCACAGCGGGCCAUUUAUAUAUUCUGAUAUUUUGGACUACAAGAACCUACGUGAAAUUGUUGUCAAUAAUCGUAUUACAUGGCUGAUUCACUACAGUGCCUUGCUAAGUGCUGUUGGGGAAGCAAAUGUACCUCUGGCACGCAGUGUCAAUAUUACAGGUUUACACAAUGUCUUGGAUAUUGCAACUGAACAUAAUCUUCGCCUGUUUGUUCCCAGUACAAUUGGUGCAUUUGGGCCAACUACGCCAAGAAAUCCAACUCCUGAUCUCUGUAUACAGCGACCUAGGACUAUCUAUGGGGUCUCUAAGGUUCAUGCAGAGUUAAUGGGUGAGUACUACCACCAUAAGUAUGGCCUGGACUUCCGAUGUCUGAGGUACCCUGGCAUAAUUUCGGCAGGCACCCAGCCCGGUGGGGGCACAACAGACUAUGCUGUUCAGAUUUUCCACGAUGGUAUAAAAACAGGAAAAUUUGAAUGCUACCUAAGGCCUGACACAAAGCUCCCCAUGAUGUAUAUUGAUGACUGUCUGCGUGCAACACUGGAAAUCUUAGAAGCACCAGCAGAGCAGCUCAGAAUGAGAACCUAUAAUAUCAAUGCCAUAAGUUUUACUCCUGAAGAGCUGGUAGCUGAAGUCCAAAAGCAUCUGACUGACCUGAAGGUUACUUACAAAGUUGAUAACGUACGCCAGGAAAUUGCUGAUAGCUGGCCAAUGGAAUUUGAUGACCACAAUGCUCGGCAAGACUGGGGCUGGAAGCAUGAAUAUGAUCUUCCUGAGCUGGUGUUUACUAUGCUGAAUUUCAGCACAACUUACAAACAGCUGAGGCAAGCAAAUUAGGAAAUGAAGAGUGAAAAUUCUGAAGGACCAGAAUCUUCAAGGGGAUCCAAUGUACAUAGAACUUUCUGCAGGAGUUACUUUGUAAAACUUUUUAAAUAUUUCUUUAUCUGUACUUGAACUGACCUGACAGCUAUGAUUUGAUGUAUAUCUUGUGGAUAGAAAAUUCAAUUAAUAAUUGGUGUUGAUAAUCUGACUUGACUGGUUCAAAAUACAUCAACGUUGCUGAAGUGUUUGGUCUACAGAUAAUGCUUUUACCAAAAGUGUCAGCAUUUAGGUCAAUACCUUUUUACUUUUAGUUUUAUUUCUAAAAUUAUUUUCAUUUUAUGCUGGAAUAUGGAGGGAGGAGGUAGUGAUGGGGUAAGGUAAAGUGAAGGUGCAGUCAAUCUUCAAAAAAAACUUACUGUCACAAGAUCCAUGUUUGCGACUUGAUCUUGAGCCAUUGAUUUUUUUUAAUACUAUUGAAUGAGUUGAGUUCAUGGUUACUUUGGUUGCAGUUUCUUUAUCUAAUUCUGUUGAAGAUGUUAGUAGAAAAUGUUACACUGUUACAAAAAAUUUAGUUUCCAAUAUUAAAAAUGAAUAUGGGUAUACAUAAUUCUAUCAAAUACUAAUAACAUUUGUAGAAUUUUUGAACUCUGGCCAUUGCUUAGAAUAACAGUGUUUCGCACUACAGUGAUCAUCAGUGUAGAAAUACAGCAGGUAAUGCACAUCUGAAUAUUUUUGGUGUUGAGGUUGUAAUAUUCUUGUGUCAUUGCAUUUCAUAACCAACUGUUUUUGCAGUGGCUGCUGAGAUGCUUUGGCAUGAAUUUGUUUGAAUUUAGCCAGUGUUUUUCCUUAUUCUAAAGUAGUGAUAGAGGAGCAUGAGGAAAUGAAGGCUGGAUCCUCUUACUGGAUUCCAUUUCCAAUGGGAAAGAAUCCAUAGUUAACUUUAUUGAAAAAUUAUGUUUGGAUUUUAUUUUGCAAGAAAUAAAUUCUGCUUCAUAAACAUAGAAAAUGUGAUUUAAAAAAAAUCCAUGCAUUUAAAUUUGCAUUCACAAAACCUGCAAUGUUAAUUUCUCUUGCUGUUCUCAUAUCUGUUAAAUGAAAACAGAAAUAUUCAGAAAAUAGGAUUGUAUUAUACAGCCCUAAAUAAGGGAAAUUCAUUAAUGUGCAAAAAACUGCUAUUCUGGUUUCAGAUUAGCAUCCAUUAUCAUUAUUAUACCUUUUAUUUGAAGAAUGCAGUACUCAAAGGCAUGAUGAUAAUGGAUUGGUUGGCGCUGGGAUCUUUGCUGUUCAUGAUAUAGUUAAUCAUUUUAUUCUUUACGUUUACAUUAAGUUAUUGAUAUAUUUGUCAUGCAUACAUCAGAAUAUCAAAACACGAGUAAAAUGUGUUUGUGUCAAAACAAAUGAACAACAAUUGUGCUGGGGGCAAGUGUAACUACAUUUCCUGCACCAACAUACCAUGCCAUAAUGCAGGAGGCUACAGGUCAGUAAAUUCAUGGAUUACAUGAACAUUUGUGUUAGUGUGGAUAAGGAUGGCACAUUCAAGACUGUAAGUAAUAUGUUACCUUUUACUGUUCAUAUCAAAAUCUUACUAAACAUAUGAUGUACUUCAAAGUUGUGUUUAUUGUCAUUCACACAAGUACCCAUGUAUGCACAGAUGCAACAAAGAACUGACAAGCUGUAGCAUCACAUGCAUUUCACAAGAAAGAAAAAUACAACUUGGCAUUUGCCAGACCAAUUAGAAUAAACCAGGUUCAAUAU